AUGGCGGAAGGGGAGCCAUCGUAUAUCGACUACGAGGCCUUCCUCGACCCCGACUUCUCUCCGGCUAGCUUUGCCAAUACUCUUGUCUUGAGCACCAACAAUGCCACCGACACGCCACUCGAUCUAUCUACUCCACUCUCCCGAGUCCUCUUCGACCUGCAAGAAAUCGAUACCCACAUCCACACCCUCACCACAAAGUCCGCACUGCCCCUAUUAUCACACACCCAAGGCCAGACCGAGGCCGCAGAACGGGUCCUGAAGGAGGCAGGGACACAAAUCACCUCCGUGACUCAAGGGUACGAGCGAUUGGAACAGGAGGUGGUGCAGAAAUGGAAGGCAGCAGAUGAAGCGCGCAUCGCUGCGGAGAACUCUUUGGCUACGGUCCGGCUGACACGGGCCGUUGGGCGUUGUCUGACGCUGGGUCGGCAGCUGGAGAGUCAGGUUGGAGAAAUCACGGGCAGAGGCACCGGUCAACCAUCCACAACGGGGGCUGAUGGAGCCCCGCCAGUGAGAGAGGGAUUCCGGGCGCUGGAGCGGGCGGCUUAUACAAUCUUGAACCUGCGUCAGAUGUUCUCAGCUGAAACGGAAGAUGACGAGGGUUAUGGACUGGAACGGGUCAAGGUGAUGCGCACGUUGCGGAACGAGUUUGUGAUCCCAGCCGAAAACAUGGUCAAAGCAAGGGCGCAACAAACUAUCAACCGAUUCUCCUUGACAAGUCCAAUGGCCCCAUCCAACGGCCAUGCGCCGGUUCCCUCGAGCUACAAGCAAGUCCGUGAUGCGCGGGCACGCCUAGGUCCCGCCGCCGCAACUCUAUAUCUUCUCUCCCCUAUUCCAAAGGGUGGCGCAACUGUAUCCGAGUACAAGCCGGAGCUUCUGCUCUCGACGUUGCAAGGCUACAUGCACACGGCCAUUAUGACCUCGGUAAACAGUCUCGCCAGGGCACUCUCGCAGCUACCCGCGAUGGACCGAACUCUGAACGAAGUUGCUUCCCGAUGCCAAGAUAUCGCUGCGUUGGAGUCCUUCCUCAGGAACCUUCGCGCACCAACCCAUCCUCUUCUGGUAUCUAGCCCUGGCGAUGGAUCCCAAGGGGUCACGGAGGCUGCAGGAAAUGCAAAUAAGACCAACUUGCUCCAGCCCCUACUGAAUGCCCUCGACACCUCGUCACUACCUUCAUAUUACUGGCGUUCGCUCGCAUCUUCGCUCACGUCACGCGUUCAAGAAAUCAUCGGUCGAGGCGGUGUCUCCGCUCGGACAUUGCGAUCCAACCGUGAUCGUCUCAAGACGGAAAUUAAAGAGUGUGUUCUACGUGCUUCGCAGGUGUCUGCUGCCAGCCUACUAGCCGAAAAGGGCCGCUCUGGCACGGAUAAUGUAAGUGUGGGCAACUGGGAGCGCGAAGCUGCCGUGAUGGUGAGCUCGGUAGUCGGCCCACUGGGCAGGUGA